AUGAUACCAGAAAGAGAUGUUCCAAAAGGGCCAGCACUAAGAAAAGGUGGUCCAAGAGUACGAACUUAUAAACCUCAUGUCACAUCAGGAUGCCGAACCUGCAAAAUCAGGCGCGUCAAAUGCGACGAGGGUAAACCUUCUUGUAAGCGGUGUUUAGGCACUGGACGGAUAUGCGACGGAUAUCUUUAUGGGUCAAAUGCGAAACCUCCGUUCCCAAAGACGGAUGAACUCAUCGCCCUGGGGUCUUCACGUCGACCUCUCUCGCAAACUAAUACCUCGCAAUCCGCCUAUUCUUCGAAUAUUAUCUUACCUCCAAGUCCUUUUUCUAAUGAGCAAGAACAUCGUGGAUUUGCCUUCUUUCGAAGAUACACGUGCUCUCGUCUCGCUCCCAAUUUUCGCUCUCGGUUCUGGGAGCAAAUCGUCCUCCAAGCGUGUCACCAUGAGCCUGCAAUUCGACAUGCUGUCGUUGCUCUAGGCUCACUUCACGAGCAGACCAUGUGUAGGGGUCUAAGUCAUGAGGUUCAAGGGACAACAUCUUCAAACCACGCUACUGACACUUUUGCGCUGCAACAAUAUACUAAGGCCUUGAGAAUCCUGGCGAUCGCACCAGAAAAAACCUUCGGCGACGUUACUUUAAUGGCUUGUAUUCUUUUUGUUUAUUUCGAGAGCCUACGGGGAGACCAUGCUGCCACGGUGUCGCAUCUCAAUAGUGGUAUACGAAUCAUCGCUGAAUUACACAAAAUAUUCACCUCGAUAGCAGAUGGCAGACAUCCGCUGUCCAAUACGCUUUACAUCUCUCUUCGAGAGCUCGCUCUCCUUUUUAUACGAUUGGAUGCCUUGGAUAUCGAACUUAGAGCCCUCGACACAUUUCAACAAGAAGAAACACCUACUCGUGGGCUUCUACAUUGUUCCACUGCAAAUAGUGGAGAGGUUCCACAUACAUUUCACACUUUGGAGGAAGCUCGAACAGCACUAGAGAAAAUCCGCAUCGACUCUCCUCAACCCACGAAAGCAUUUACCCCCGAGCUUUAUGCCCAAUCGACGCACAGCCGCACGAUUACGAAAAUCCGCCAAUACACAAAAGCUCUUGAACACUUCAUCGGUUUCAACGGAAACAGAUUAGAUAAGAGAGAACAACGAGUCAUCCACGAACUCAGAUUGUACAUCAUUAUUGCCUCCAUGGCCGUCACAGCCGACCUAGCCGAGGCACUAAAAGAUGAAUGUGUAUGGUAUCAAUGGGAAGCUAAAUGCGAGGAGAUUAUGGAGCAUGCAGAGACCAUUUUACGUCUCCCGGAGCUCAAAAAACAACCACUUUCAGGGCUCGACGAUGGCAUUAUCUGGAAAUUUGGUUUUGUAGCUGUCAAAUGUUGGGAUACUAGAAUGGGGCAUAGAGCGAUCGGAUUGCUCAAGAAAAUUGAACGAAAGGAAGGGGUGUGGAAUAGUUUUAUCGCGGCAGAUGUCGUGGAGAUACUGCUAAAAAGAGAAGAAGAUGGUGGUGGACUGUGA